AUGGUAAUUGUUGCAUCCAAUCUUUCUGCUGUUGUUGGGACUGCUUUUGCUGCCAAGCUCAUGAUCACUCCUGGCAGUCCCACAGAAUUAGCCAACAUGACCUCUUGUGAUGUUCAACUUCUUGGUGUAUUUCAGGCCUCACCCCCAUCUCUGCAAGCUCGUCCUUGUAGCCACUUGGCUUCAAAAUCAACACCUGCUGCACGAGAGGAUUCUAUCAAGGGAGAUCCAUCGGGGAACAUUGGAAUAUGUCUUCGAGUGGAGGUUUUGAAGAAAAUAGUAAAGUUGCUAAAGCCUCAUCCUGUGAGGCUUCCUACACCACUUCCCAUCCCUUCUGAUGCUUCUCAGAGUAAGAAAACGAGAGGUGGUCAGCGGCUGAGGAAGAACAGGGAAAGAUAUGCCAUGACUGACAUGAGAAAUCUUGCUAAUAAGAUACAUUUUGGUGUGCCUGAAGAGAGUUCAUUGGAUGGCGGACUUGGAGCUGCAGAUUAUGGAAUGCUCUUAUUUUUAAUUCCUCGUGAAGACGGAAACCCAAUAGAUGGUGGUGCUUCAAUAGAAACUGGUCUGUCUUAA